GUGAAGAUUUAAAGAAUUUGUUUAAAAAAAAAUUCGUACUUAAAGCGUUCGAAUUUCGUAAAAGACUGUGAGAUGCGAUGACGAAUUCCCUCUCGUCGCACACUUCAAUUGUUAUUAAAUAAAUUAGAUUAACGUGUUGUGUAAUUCAAUCAUUUUGUCUCUUUUAUCAACGCAGCUAGUGUCAUUUACAACCAGCUCCCGGUAGUGACGAAAAAAAACGCGCGAGACAAAAAAAAAGUAUCAAGAGCGUAAAAAAAAAUAUAAACAAUAACAACGUGUCACUAAAAAAAAAUUAAAAUAAAAUAUUUGUGUUAAGUUAUCAAACAAAAAAUAAUAAAAAAAAAUUUGUUCUAAAAAUAUUUGUAAAUUCCUACACACACGUAAAAAAUGGUGCGUGAUACAUUGCAAGUUACCGAUCCGGAGAUGGAUAAAAAGAAAACAAAGUACCCGAGAUCAAUUGCUUUCAUCAUCAGUAAUGAGUUUUGUGAACGAUUCAACUACUAUGGAAUGCGAACAAUUCUCGUGCUUUAUCUCACACAAAAACUGCACUACAGCGACGACGAUGCCACAGUACUUUACCACAUUUUCACCAUGUUCGUUUAUUUCUUCCCUCUUAUGGGUGCCGUGCUCGCUGAUAGUUGGUUGGGCAAAUUCAAAACAAUUACUUACUUAUCGAUGGUUUAUUCCGUCGGAUCUGCCGUUAUCGCCAUCGGUGCCAUCCCGACGCUUGGAUUGCCGGCAAGUGUCAUGACUGUGAUUGGUUUAAUGUUGAUAGCUAUCGGUACGGGAGGUAUUAAGCCAUGUGUUUCGGCAUUCGGGGGAGAUCAAUUCAAGUUACCCGAGCAAGCAAGGCAUUUGGAGACGUUUUUCUCGCUUUUUUACUUUGCCAUUAAUGCGGGUUCGUUGAUUUCGACGUCGCUGACGCCCGUUUUGAGAGAAGAUGUUCACUGCUUUGGGAAUAAUGAUUGUUAUUCGUUGGCGUUUGGAGUGCCGGGAGCGUUGAUGAUUGUCUCAAUUAUUAUUUUUAUCUGUGGUCGAGUUUUGUAUAAAGUGAAGAAGCCUGAAGGAAAUAUGAUUGUUUUGGUAUCAAAAUGCAUUGGGAACGCUGUCGCAACCCGCUUGAAGGAAAAGAAGCACAACAAACGCGAACAUUGGUUAGAUUACGCUGAAGCCACGUACGGCAAACAACUCAUCGACGACAUCAAAUCCGUGCUGCGAGUUCUCGUACUUUUCCUUCCGCUUCCCGUUUUCUGGGCACUUUUCGAUCAACAAGGCUCCCGAUGGACAUUCCAAGCUACUCGCAUGACGGGCGACAUUGGUCCGUACGCCAUCAAACCCGAUCAGUUGCAAGUCGUGAAUCCUCUCUUGAUUCUCGGUUUCAUUCCGUUGUUCUCGUACGCCGUGUAUCCGAUGCUCGCCAAGUGUGGCAUCAAACGUCCUUUGCAAAAACUCACAACAGGCGGAAUUCUCGCUGCAAUCGCUUUUCUAAUUUCAGGAUUUGUCGAAUUGGAGUUGCAAAAAACGUAUCCGGUGCUUCCGACAGCAAACGAGGGACAACUUCGGAUUUUUAAUGGCAUUCCAUGCGAUUACAAAGUCAUUUCCAACAUUCCCGGACACGAAAAUUUCAAUAUCUUGUCGAAAGGAUUGUUCGAGGAGAAACAUUUGAACUUGAGUGUCGGCGAUUCGUUCCAGUUUAAAGUCGAUUUUGAGACUGCGGACCCGAUUUGUCCUCGAAUUGUUGGUGCGCAAGUCGAAAUUCAACGAAAAAAGGCAAUUUCGUACUUCAUGCAGACCAAUAAAGUCGAUCCGACAGUUUUAGAUCUCGUUCAGUACGAAGACGAUCCCGAUAAAGGCUCCAAAGGGUAUCCCGUGGUUCGAGUUUUGUCAAAUACGAACAAAAAUCAAGAAGUUCAGUUCAUCGAAGUGGCUGGAGAUCACACUGUUUACACAUUUCCGAGUGGCAAAAGUAAUUUAACGGCAGUUCCGCCAGGGCAUUACGUGAUUCGGUACAACGGAGACGAAUUAAAGGACGUUCAGUUGAAAUUGGGAGGCGUUUAUAGCUUUGUUGUCACGGAAAAUAAUUUAAAUCAAGCCAGUAUCGAGGAACAUGUGAUCGCGGCGCCAAAUUCCAUUCACAUGUUAUGGUUGCUGCCGCAGUAUAUUGUCAUCACAGCUGGCGAAGUCAUGUUUAGUGUCACGGGAUUGGAAUUUUCGUUCACUCAAGCGCCACAGAGCAUGAAAUCUGUAUUGCAAGCUGCUUGGUUGUUGACCGUCGCUUUUGGCAACCUAAUCGUCGUCAUUAUCGCCGAAGCGAAAGCCUUCGACUCGCAAGCCGCUGAAUUUUUCUUAUUCGCUGGACUAAUGGCAGUCGACAUGGGAAUUUUCAUCAUCCUCGCAAUCAAAUACAAGUAUGUCGAGCCGAAAAAUGAAGACGAAACGCCCUCGCCCGCCAUCGAUUUGCCCCAAAAAGACUCCAGCACGAACGGCUUCAAGACAAUCGAUCUCAACAACGGCAAAAACUCUACAAAUGGCGUCGAGAACACCGCCUUCAACGAGGAUUGAUGUACUUUUUUUCGUGUGUUUCAUUAGUUUUUUAAGCAAAAAGUAUUUUUUUGUACAUAAUGUUGUAUUUUUUUGUUGUUAUUGAAAAAUUUAUUAAAAAUUUAGUAGAAAUUA